AGGUCAUUAAAGGCAAAUCCCAACAAAAACCUUCCCUUCCUAAUUCCUAAUUCUUUCUCUCUCUCUUUUUCUCUCUCUCCGCCUCUAUUUUUUCUCUCUCUCUCUCUUAUAUUACGGGAGAGAGAUGAUCUGAGAAACUGAACACAAACGGCGUAACGGACUUCUUAUAACCCCGUUUACGCCUUCCCUAAAACCAUCCUUCCAUUAAGUCACGUGCUCUUCUUCUCUUUUAACAAUAAUUCUUAAAUUUUUUAUUUUUCUUUUUAAAUGGCUUUGCAGCAGCUUAGCCUUGGCCCAACUCCUGUUGACGGCGUCACUAAUGGCGUUGACGUCCGGCCGAUGUCAACUGACGGCGGAGACGACGGCAGCAAAACCCCCAGGCUUCCCCGUUGGACCCGCCAGGAGAUCCUCGUCCUCAUACAGGGGAAGAAGGUUGCUGAGACGAGGGUUCGCGGCGGCCGGGCUGCUAGUCUCGCCUUUGGUUCCGGUCAGGUCGAGCCAAAGUGGGCCUCUGUUUCUUCCUACUGCAAGAGGCAUGGAGUCAAUCGUGGUCCGGUUCAGUGUCGGAAGAGAUGGAGUAAUUUGGCUGGUGAUUUCAAGAAGAUCAAGGAGUGGGAAUCCCAAAUUAGGGAAGAUACUGAAUCCUUUUGGGUUAUGAGAAACGAUUUGAGACGCGAGAGGAAAUUGCCAGGGUUUUUCGAUAGAGAGGUUUAUGAUAUUUUGGAUUCCGGUUCAGGUCCUUCGCCGUCCCCUGCUUUGGCUCUCGCUCUUACUCCUGUUCCUCUUCCUGCCCCACCCCCCGCUCUCAAUUCCGAUGACGGAAAACCCGACGCCGAGCCGGAACACGUCUUCGACAGUUCUAAAACUGCCGCCGCUGAUGAUGGUUUGUUUUCCGAUUUCGAACAGGAUGAAACUAGCCGGAGCCCCUUGAAGGAAGUCGCCGGGAAGGAGGUUCCACCACCGACGGCCGAUGGGGCAAUUCCUGCUCCGACGCCUUUAUCAGAGAAGCUGUACCAACCUGCUGGUCAAGAUUGUCCAGACCAAGGCACAACAAAUGAAAAAGAAGCAGCAGCAAAUCCCGAGAUAGGAUCGACGUCGUCACAAGAGGGACGUAAACGAAAGCGUGUUGCAUUAGAUGGGGAUGAGGAAACCAUCCUGCAGGAUGAAUUGAUUGGAAUCCUUGAAAAGAAUGGGAAACUGUUGACUGCCCAACUCGAAGCUCAAAACAUGAACUUCCAGCUGGACCGAGAACAGCGAAAGCACCACGCAGAUGGCUUAGUCGCGGUCCUUAACAAACUCGCAGACGCUCUAGGCAGGAUCGCGGAUAAGCUGUAGAAAAGCAGUGAAAUGGAGAUGAGUAGAUGUACAUAAGCAACAACAUUUUUCUCUCCUGGAGUAAUGAUAGACACAUAAGAUAUAGGUGGUAGCAGAGACAUUGAUGGAUGAGGAUUGAUUGAUUGAUUGAUUAGUUUCAAGGUUUUUCUCUUCUCUCUGCCAUUUCUAGUUUAAGACUGCCUUUAUGACCAAUUAGUGGAGAGUUUAGAAAUUAUAGGGUUCCCCCAUACACAGAUAAGAAGGAUAUAGAAACUGAAGAGUUAUAUUUUACCACAUUUUCUGUCCUGCUUUUUUCUUCUUCUUCUUCUUAUUAUAUUUCUACUUUUAUACGGAUUGCAAUAUUUGUAAAUCUUAUUAUUUAUUUUCAUAAGUUGCAUUGCUGAAUA